AUGCUUCAAAAUUUGUUAAAAUGGGACGUUGAUCAUGGAGAUCAGAAGCAUGAGGAGCAAUUUUUGAAGAAAGCAUCAAAUCUGUUCCGGAAAAACGAGACCAAAAGUGCACUGAGACAAAUCGCUGAGGGGAUUGCUAGAGGCGUGGCUGAAGCUAAAAUCAAAUACCUCAAAGAGCAGCUGUUAGUGAGUGAAAUCCUGCGGAAAACAGAUGAAUUAUUAACAUUUAACGAAUCUGUCACAAUAAAAUUGCUGGAUAUUGUAAAGAAGUUACACCAAGAUGCUUUGGACGCAUCCAAAAGCAACAAACCAACUGAUUCCGAAGAACCAAAUUCCGUUUCUGCUGAUGCAAUCGGAACAAAGAAUUCAAUGGACCGAGCCAUCAAGAAUAUACGUCAAAUUCUUACAAAUCACUUGCUCAGUAUAAAGUGUAGCAUUCUGAGAGACGGUAUCUGCAAACCUUUAGCUCAGUAUGGUGUGGAUAAAACUGUGGUCUCGGUUUUCCACUCGUGUAACGAAAAAAUAAACAAAGAAGUAAAUUUAUUCCAAGCUCAGAGGCGAAUAACGUUUGCGGUCAAUCCGAAAAAGUGGCGUCGUUUGGAACGUAAGCAAAGAGAGGGCUUUAAAGAUCCUGAAGCAAUCCAAAAAGCGCAACAAAUCAUUGAUGACUUGCGAAACAACGGGAAGGCAGGUAUCAUCCAUCUCACACACAUUACUGAUAUCAUUGGAAAGCCAAUCACGGUGUUGGAUGAAAAUGGAAAAUUGUUGCAAAAUAUUCGCGGUAAAACAGACGCAGAACCCAUCGUUGUUCAGUACGAUAGUAAAAAUGAGCAUUGGUCAUUACCUGGAGGUCAUGAACCAGGUAUCAAAUCAACGCAACGAAACAAUUGUCUGUUUGACGUUAUAGCACAUCAGAUCGGAUACGAUCCCGACACACUUCGGAAAAGCACUGUCGAGGGAAUGUCGAACAAUUUGGCACUGGUUGCAAAUCAGGCACAUGACUAUUCAUUGUUGGAGAAAUACAAACCACGCAAGUUACUCCUCGGUGGAUUCCAAUCGAGACCGCUUCAAGAGCCCAACUAUCCUUCACAUUUGUCCAGAAUUCAGGCCAAUCACGAAUUGAUACCAAUCAUCGCCGAGCUGAGGAAUGAACUGAACAAGGAGUUUUUGCGGUCAGAAGAAUUUGCGAAAAAACGAUUAUCUUCAAAAUUGACUCAUAUAAAACACCAACAUGUUUCACCGGAGUUCAUGGACAAAGAAAUGUUAAUGAUGGGUGUGAUGGAGGUGAAAUUCAACGACGGCUCCUAUUUUCGAGUGAUGACAGUAUCCGGUUCUGAUCCGAAUCCUGUAGAGCAUCGGUACCUCAGAACGUUUCCACAAAAAUCUGAAAUUCAAAUGAAAAAUAAUCCUCCGAAAACAGAUGAACCGAAAGAUGUAAUAAGUCGAGUGUUUAAAUACAAAAACAAAAAUUUUGAAUUUAUACACGUAGAUAAAAUAGUAAAUAAACCAAUUUUUGAUGUCUACGAACGUAAAUUUCGUGAAGAGCAGUAUAACAGACCGUGUGCGGCUCAGAAAUUCUUUUAUGCUCUUGGAGAACAUAUGCAAAAGAACCCGCACUUGAAAAUUGUUGGAAAAAUUGGUCUGAUAGAAUCGGCGUACAGAACACCAAAACGAAUAUCGUGUGAUGGCAAGGUGCAUUCUUUCAGACCGGAACAGGUUGUAAUACAGGACUCGUGUCCUUGCUGUCGGAAGGUGUUGCCGAUUGCAACCGGUGCUCCUGGCUAA